AUGUCUGCGUCAGAUAUUUCUGAGUCAGAUUACUCUGACUUGUGGUUCGACUCGGUGCAAAUUUCGGCCAAUGUACAGGCUCAAGGCAGGUCUACCCAGCCCAUUCCCGUGAAGCAGCCGCCUGCUACACCCCUCACGCCUCUCAAAGCCCCCGAAAGCGGCACUCUCGCAGCUUUACAUCCAUCCGUUACCGAACAAGAUCACUCGAAGGCAAUUCGAAUGCUUCGCGAGAAGCGUCAAGCCCUUGUCGAACUCAUCUGUAAGACACCCAAAUGCGUACAACCAAGCGGCCAACUCACAUACGAGUGGCGUCGCAAAGUGACAGCAAUUGAGGAGAGGGUUGCUUCCUCGGAGGAUAUCAACGACGAUUAUAUGGAGCGAAUGAAGCGGCAGCGGGAGGAGGACAACCCGGAGCCAUCGUCUUCGAGGCCUCGGCCCCGGCUCAAAGGGUCAGCUGACUCUGGUGCGUGGUGGGUGGGAGGCCAGUCUACCAAGGGUAUGGUGGAAGGCGACAUCGAGCAGGCUGCCUUGAUGGAUGCUGAAGGCGAUGUUGAGAUGGAGUUGGAGGGUGUGUUGUAA